AAGCAAACAUGCCCUAAAUUCCUCUACCUUGAAUACAAAGACUCGAGGGAGUGAAUAGUGUUACAAAUCCUGAGCAGCAUGCCUUCUCUCUCAUCGCUUCUCACUUUGCAGCCUAUCGCAAUUGCUCGUUUCAGCCCUAGAAAGCAUCAGUAGGAGAUGAAGUUCAAUAUCGCGAAUCCUACGACGGGUUGCCAGAAAAAGCUCGAAAUUGACGAUGAUCAGAAGUUAUGAGCAGUUUUUGACAAGAGGAUCUCACAGGAGGUCAAUGGAGAUUCCUUUGGAGAGGAAUUUAAGGGUUAUGUUUUCAAAAUCAUGGGAGGCUGUGAUAAACAAGGAUUCCCAAUGAAACAGGGAGUGUUGACUCCUGGCCGUGUCCGUCUCUUGCUCCACAGAGGAACACCUUGCUUCCGUGGAUGUGGUAGGCGUACCAGAGAGCGGAGGAGGAAGUCUGUACGUGGGUGCAUUGUCAGCCAAGACCUUUCUGUCCUGAACUUGGUUGUUGUGAAGAAGGGAGAGAAUGAUCUUCCUGGGCUUCCCGAUACUGAGAAACCAAAAAUGAGAGGUCCAAAGAGGGCAUCAAAGAUUCGUAAACUCUUUAAUCUUUCAAAGGAGGAUGAUGUUCAAAAAUAUGUCAACACAUACCGUAGAACAUUCACAACCAAAUCUAGGAAAACGGUCAGUAAAGCUCCCAAGAUACAGAGAUUGGUUACUCCUUUGACUUUGCAGAGUAAAAGAGCAAGGAUUGCGGAGAAGAAGAGAAUUGCCAAGGCCAAGGCUGAGGCAGCUGAGUACCAGAAGCUCCUCGCUGCCAGAUUGAAAGAGCAGAGAGAGAGGCGGAGCGAGAGCUUAGCCAAGAAAGAUCUAGGCUUUCUGUCGUUUCUAAGCCAUCCGGUUCUGCUUAGGUCCACUCGCGCUUGAAAAUUCUAAAUUUUGUCGAAAAUGGAUAUAAUUAGCAGUUAUAUUAUCUGGAUUCUAAUAUGUUUCAUGACAAUGGCUGUUCUUCUAUAGUGCCUCUCAAGACUUUUCUAAUCCAUUGGUUUAAUUAUCAAUAGAUAUUUCGAAAAUUUGCGGAAGACGAGCCUGGCAGUAAAUAUCCAACAGUUUGAUCUAUUUUUUGAUUUUAGGUAUGCUUUUUUCAUGGUUAAAUGCCGCCAGUCGUGUUGAUUGUUCUUCUACUCAAGUCCACAAUUGUCUCGGAUCAGAUCUUGAAUUUUCAACCAAGCUACGGUGAAGGGUAUUGGUUAUUUCUUUUGGCAUUCAGACCGUGCUUUGUUUGGUCCUUGUUGGGAUGGUGGGGCUGAACACUUUGCACAUAAUUGGAUCAGUUCACAUAAUUGAAAGGAUCAGUUGUUCUUAGAUUCCACUAAACGAGUACAACUUUUGAGGAGUACUUAAGGUAAAAUAGACCAUUACCUAGUGUAGAUCAUGUUAUCAAUCAUA